AUGGCUUUGGCCGGGCUGUGCUCCCUGCUCGCCGGCUGCUGCCUGGCUGCGGGCAGCGGCCCCGCCGAGGCAGCGGCGGAGGCGGCGGCCAAAGAGCUGGAGUGCAAGCUGAAGAGCAUCACGGUGUCGGCGCUGCCCUUCCUCCGGGAGAACGACCUCAGCAUCAUGCACGGCCCCUCGGCCGCCGAGCCCAAGCUGCUCUUCUCCGUACGCAACGACUUCCCCGGCGAGAUGGUGGUGGUGGAUGACCUGGAGAACACGGAACUGCCUUACUUCGUGCUGGAGAUCUCGGGCAACACGGAUGACAUCCCACUGGUGCGCUGGCGGCAGCAGUGGCUGGAGAAUGGCACGUUGCUCUUCCACAUCCACCACCAAGAUGGGGCCCCCAACCUGCCCGGCUUCGACCCCACAGAUGAGCCCCAGACUGAGUCGGCAGAGGAGGAACUGAGGAUCCUCCACAUCUCUGUCAUGGGGGGGAUGAUCGCUCUGCUGCUCUCCAUCCUCUGCCUGGUGAUGAUCCUCUACACCCGUCGGCGAUGGUGCAAGCGGCGCCGGGUGCCACAGCCCCAGAAGAGUGCCAGUGCUGAGGCGGCCAACGAGAUCCACUACAUCCCCUCGGUGCUGAUCGGGGGCCACGGCCGGGAGAGCCUGCGCAAUGCCCGUGUGCAGGGCCACAACUCCAGUGGGACACUCAGCAUCCGUGAGACCCCCAUCUUGGAUGGAUACGAGUACGACAUCACGGACCUGCGGCACCACCUCCAGCGCGAGUGCAUGAACGGUGGGGAGGACUUCGCCAGCCAGGUCACCCGCACCCUGGACUCGCUGCAGGGCUGCAAUGAGAAGGCCAGCAUGGACCUUACGCCAGGGAGUGAUAAUGCCAAGCUAUCCCUGAUGAACAAGUAUAAGGACAACAUCAUUGCCACCAGCCCUGUGGACUCGAACCACCAGCAGGCCACGCUGCUGUCCCACACCUCCAGCAGCCAGCGCAAGCGCAUCAACAACAAAGCACGAGCUGGCUCAGCAUUUCUCAACCCCGAGGGGGACUCGGGGACAGAGGCAGACACUGAUCCCCAGCUGACCUUCUACACGGACCCCUCACGGAGCCGGAGGCGCAGCCGAGUGGGGUCCCCUCGAAGCCCUGUUAACAAGACCACAUUGACCCUCAUCAGUGUGACGAGCUGUGUCAUCAGCCUUGUGUGCUCUUCCCACAUGAACUGCCCCCUUGUUGUCAAGAUCACCCUCCAUGUCCCUGAGCACCUCAUUGCUGACGGGAGCCGGUUCAUCCUGCUGGAGGGGAGCCAGCUGGAUGCCAGUGACUGGCUGAACCCGGCGCAGGUUAUUCUCUUCUCCCAGCAAAAUUCCAGUGGGCCCUGGGCCCUGGACCUCUGCGCCCGGCGCCUCCUGGACCCCUGCGAGCACCAGUGUGACCCUGAGACCGGUGAGUGUCUCUGCUACGAAGGUUACAUGAAGGACCCUGUGCAUAAGCACCUCUGCAUCCGAAAUGAGUGGGGAACGAACCAGGGGCCUUGGCCAUACACCAUCUUCCAGCGUGGCUUUGACCUGGUGCUGGGUGAGCAGCCAUCCGACAAGAUUUUUCGGUUCACCUAUACCCUAGGGGAAGGUAUGUGGCUGCCUCUGAGCAAGAGCUUUGUCAUCCCACCAGCUGAGCUGGCCAUCAAUCCCUCCGCCAAGUGCAAGACUGACAUGACAGUCAUGGAGGACGCAGUGGAGGUCAGGGAAGAGCUGAUGACCUCCUCCUCCUUCGACAGCCUGGAGGUCCUCCUUGACUCCUUUGGCCCCGUCCGUGACUGCUCCCGGGACAAUGGGGGUUGCAGCAAGAACUUCCGCUGCAUCUCAGACCGCAAGCUGGAUUCGACAGGCUGUGUGUGCCCGACAGGACUGAGCCCCAUGAAGGAUGGCACAGGCUGCUAUGACCGUCACGUUGGCGUGGACUGCUCGGAUGGCUUCAACGGUGGCUGUGAGCAGCUGUGCCUGCAGCAGAUGGUCCCCCUGCCUGAUGACCCCCUGCUCUACAACAUCCUCAUGUUCUGCGGGUGCAUUGAGGACUACAAGCUGGGAACAGAUGGGAGGUCAUGCCAACUCAUCUCAGAGUCGUGCCCUGAGGUGGGAGACUGCGGAGAGCCCCGUGAGCUGCCCAUGAACCAGACACUAUUUGGGGAGAUCUUCUAUGGCUACAACAACCACUCCAAGGAGGUGGCUGCGGGACAGGUGCUCAAAGGGACGUUCAGGCAGAACAACUUUGCCCGUGGCCUGGAGCAGCAGCUGCCAGAUGGGCUGGUGGUGGCCACAGUGCCCCUGGAGAACCAGUGCCAAGAGGAGCUCUCUGACCCCAUGCCCGAUCCUGAGUUCCUCACUGGGAUGGUGAACUUCAGUGAGGUGUCUGGGUACCCCCUUUUGCAGCACUGGAAGGUGCAGUCUGUCAUGUACCAUGUCCGGCUCAACCAGAUGACUAUCUCCCAGUCUUUCAGCAAUGCACUCCACUCUCUGGACGGGGCCACCUCCCGUGGAGAUUUCAUGGCACUGCUGGACCAGUUUGGCAAUCAUUACAUCCAGGAGGCAGUCUAUGGCUUUGAGGAGUCCUGCUCCAUCUGGUAUCCCAACAGGCAGGUCCAGCGGCAGCUUUGGCUGGAGUAUGAGGACAUCAGCAAAGGGAACUCCCCCUCAGAUGAGUCAGAGGAGCGUGAGCGGGACCCCAAGGUGCUCACCUUCCCUGAGUACAUCGCCAGCCUGUCCGAGUCAGGCACCAAGCGCAUGGCAGCCGGUGUGCGGAUGGAGUGCCAGAGCCGUGGGCGCUGCCCCUCCUCCUGCCCACUCUGCCAUGUCACUUCUAGUCCUGACGUGCCAGCCGAACCCAUCCUGCUGGAGGUCACCAAAGCAGCCCCCAUCUACGAGCUGGUCACCAACAACCAGACACAACGGCUCUUGCAGGAGGCCACCAUGAGCUUGCUGUGGUGCUCGGGCAGUGGGGAUGUCAUUGAGGACUGGUGCCGCUGUGACUCAAGUGCCUUUGGGGCUGAUGGGCUGCCCACCUGUGCGCCUCUCCCACACCCCAUCCUCCGGCUCUCCACUGUUCACGAGCCCAGCAGCACACUGGUGGUGCUGGAAUGGGGGCACUCGGAGCCUCCCAUCGGUGUGCAAAUUGUUGACUACCUCCUCCGUCAAGAGAAAGUCACUGACAGAAUGGAUCACUCCAAGGUGGAGACAGAGACUGUGCUGAGCUUUGUGGAUGAUAUCAUCUCUGGUGCCAAGUCACCCUGCGCCAUGCCGGCCCAAGUGCCUGACAGGCUGUCCUCCACCAUAUCCCUCAUCGUUCGCUGCCUGGAGCCUGACACCACCUACAUGUUCACGCUCUGGGGAGUUGAUAACACGGGAAGACGCUCCAGGUCCAGUGAUGUGACAGUCAAGACCCCCUGCCCUGUGGUAGAUGAUGUGAAAGCUCAAGAAAUAGCAGACAAGAUCUACAACCUCUUCAAUGGCUACACCAGUGGUAAGGAGCAGCAAACAGCCUACAACACUCUGCUGGACCUGGGUUCCCCUAGCCUGCACCGAGUCCUUUACCACUACAACCAGCACUACGAGAGCUUUGGGGAGUUCACCUGGCGCUGUGAAGAUGAGCUGGGGCCCAGGAAGGCUGGCCUCAUCCUCUCGCAGCUGGGGGACCUCAGCAGCUGGUGCAAUGGCCUCCUGCAAGAGCCCAAGAUCAGUCUCCAGCGCUCAUCCCUCAAGUACCUUGCCUGCCGCUACAGCGAGAUCAAGCCCUAUGGGCUUGACUGGUCAGAGCUCAGCCGGGACCUCAAGAAGACAUGUGAGGAGCAAACACUGAGUGUCCUUUACAAUGACUAUGGUGACAAGGACUACUGAUGGUUGCAGGCUCCCACUCUCACACUGGCCUUCCCACGAGCAUUUGUGAGGGUUUUAUACAUGGACCCAUGAGGGGAGGGUGUUGCUGACAUUUCUGGAGGCAAAAAUUUGGACCAGGGAGUGAAACCGACUGCUCUGUGCAGGACUGACUCAGUAUUAGUUUCUUCUUCAACUUGGCCAAAAGCCUUUCUAGUUAGAAGUCUUGUGGGACCCAGUUUUCUUGGUUUUGUUUUAUUCAUUUUGCCAAGAGGUUCCUCAGCAUCAGUGGAGAGGGGAGGCUGGGAGUGUGCAGCCUUCUUCUCCUACCCCAUCCUUGCCCUGGCUGUGGAGACUGUUCCCAAGGGUGGGGGACAUUGGUCACAGGAGAAACACAGUGACACAGGCAGGAUGGGAGAGCAAGGGAUGCAGGGUUGGGAAAAUGGAGACAGGGCAUACAAGUCAAGUUGAAAUGCUAAUGGUUAUAGCUGAGGAAAACAAUCACUAGAUGGCCAGGAGGACUGGGAUGUUUGGGGGUUUUCUUGCUGUUGUAAAGCAUGAGGUCUGUAUGAGACCCAGAUGAGCGAUGCUGACAUUGCAGGGCAGGGCUGGUGUGGUGUCACCAGCUGGGGUGAGGAGAGAGGAGCUUUGGUGAGCCCUUCUCCUCAGGCUCUUCUCUCAUGGUUAAAGCCCACAUCUGCUCCAAGAUGAAAAGUCCUCCAGAGCAAAAAGCGUCUUGUCCUCAGGGCCAGUGGUCAACUGGACAUUGUGAGCUUUCUUCUUGUGGGACCACAUUCCUGGGAAGUCACUUUAAAAAUACCUUCCUGUUUGGUUUUUUUACCCACUACAAUAAAGACUUUGAAGCAAUUACAAACUAUUGCUCAGGAGAGCCCCAGCCAACAGAUCAGCAGUCAGAUGGCACAGAUGGAGAUGCCUUCUGCACCAGCUGCCCUGUAACUGUGGCAUAGCCCAGGCUCUGCAUGGCAAGGGGAGCGGGAUGUAGUGUACCCCACCACAAUGGUGCAGGAUGGUCCUGAAGGUCCUGGUCCCAGAGACAGCUCAGUGACACAGCAUGGCAGGCAGGCUCCUGGGGAUGUUGUUUGCCUGUGUUCAGGCUCACAUCUGCAGCUCUCACCAGUGACUCUUUUCAAACCAGAGAACUGGGGUUGUCCUGGGACACUGGGCUUGGAUCAGGGCAAAAUGUUCUCCAAAACCCUUUUACCACUGAUGGUGUUAGAGGCAGCAAACAGCUUCCUUUUAGCUUCAGCUUCCAGCCUGGUUUGCAGAGGAGGCAUCUCUGCACUUGCCAGCUGUGCACCUUUGAUCUGGACAAGCCAGGAGCCCUACAGAGGAAUUUUUAUGAUGCCUUUUCAGACAGAAAUUUCCUUUUCAUUUUUUCAGUCCUGGCAGAAGUCUUCAGCCUGUCUCUUGUGACUUUCUGCCUCAUUCCUCCUUCUACCUGCUAAGGACAUGGCUUGAACAUUUGCAUGGUGCUGAGAGGGAAGCAGCUGUGGUCCAUGGUCCAGAGCUGGUCACAGCCAGCAGUGCUGCAUCACAGUAGUUACUCAACAGCAGUUCAGUAUCUUCCUACAGGACCACACAGUGCUUUUCUCUUCCCUUCCAUGGGCAGACCUCUCCUCCAGGAACAGCUAGCCUGGAUGGGGUGCUGCUGGGAGCAGGCACCAGCAGUCAGUGUUACCUGGGUGUGUCAUUUCUGUAAUGAAUGUGUCUAGCAGGGGUCAUCAGGCAAAUGCCUGCUCUUUGCAGUGAAGUCUACUGGGUCCUUUUGGAUUCUUUUCAUGUGUUUCUCCUUGUAUUGCGAUGUGCCUGAUGCUGCCAAGGGAUUAGGGCUCAGAGCAAGACCAAUGCCAUCUCCAUGCACAGGUAUAUGUGCAGAUGUGAUCUGUACUGAGCCAUUGCUCCUUCUCCUUUCAGUCUCCAAGACACUUUGAUUUAUCCUUUUGCUUCUCCCAGCAGAUGCUGUGACAUCUUUUAACUUCCAGCUGGGCAGCUGACCAGAGAUGGGCAAAGGGCACCUCUGCUCAAUGCCUCAGAGUGGUGCUUGAACAAAGGCUGCUCUGGCCCGGACUCAAGUUGGUUGCUCGCCAAAUAAUACUGCUUACAUGGCCUUUAUAUAAAAUGCAGAUUGUCUUCCUUUGGGUAGUAGACUCUUCUCUUUUAUUGCUCACCAGGUGCAGCAGCAGGGAUGGGAGGGCUGCAGCCUGCCAGCCGCUUGCUGCAGUGGUGCCAGAAAAACCCUGGGCACCCCAUGCAUUCACACCCGCCUAGGUCACCCUUUUGUCCAGCCCCAAGAUUUAUGCUGGGGCUAUUCAGAUAUUUCUGUUCCACUUCUGCGCUCACAUUUCAAAGCCCUUGCAUGGUCAACCAAACCCCUGCAGUAUCAUCAGCUGCCUGGGCUGGACUCCCUCUGCCCCAGUGUUCCCAUGGCUGGGAGAUGGACCACCCUGGAGGGCAAGGGGAAAGCCACCCAUCCAAGGCCCUUCAGCAGCAUCCCUGCCCAGCUGGACAGCACUUGGCAUCCCCAUCCUGUGAUGUAACAUGCAGUCUGUGUGUGGGGCUGUGCUCCACCUGGUUGACACCUCCUGGUGUGGCACAUCUGAGGGGCCAUCUUCACAAUGGCCCUGGCUUUGUAAAGGCUUAGCAAGUCGGAAUUUUGCCCAAACUUGGAUUUUCUUGCCAGAAUCCCCCAACUAACACAUGAGCCCAUCUCAGACAAAUGCCAGCAGCCUGCCAUGGGAGCCCAGACCCGAGAAGGGGGUUGCACCAUGGCAGCAGACCUGGCUUUGGUGAGAUGUGUUGUAUGGGGCUUGCUCACCCAAAGCAGCCAUGGGCAAACCCCACAGUGUGCCCUUCUUUGCAGAGCUGACACCAUCCAUGUCUGCUGCAGGGUUCUACUGUUUGGUCUGUACAGUAUUUUCUCUCUUGGACUCCUGGUUCCCCCCACAAGUCCUGGGAGACUCAGAAGCUGGAGAAGACACUGUUUUCCAUCCAUUUCUGCAACCUCCCUGGCCCCCGGCUCUCUCUUCUUGUUUUAUUUCUGAAUUAAUGGGUGAUCAUUCACCUGAGAUGAACCUCUGGGUUGUUAUCUUUUCUUUGCUGCACCCCUACCCCUGUAAUAGCAUUACUACCUUUUACUUGUCGUGGAGUUAUUUAACAUAUAAAGAUGGUUUGGUCCUUUUCUUUAAAAAGAUGGCUACAAUUCAUGUUCCUUGAUGUUCUAUUAAAACUCUAAUGUGAUGUUUUACUACUGUAGAUUGAAAGUAGGGUGCUUUAGGGUGACAUAGCCAUGUGGCAAGAAACAAAACUCUGCCAGAUCUCUUUAAAAAAAAGAAGAAAAAAAGGUUUUAAACAACAGCAAUGAAAAAACCCCAUUGUAACACUAUGUAAAACUCCAGAUGAUAACUUAACCAACUAUUAAACGGAGCUGUUAGUUAUCCAUG